UCACUGCAUGCGCCCAAUGGAAGAGUUUACGUUCAGGAAGUUUAUUUUCAGUGCAACAACUCUAUCAACAAUCUCAAAACAAAACUCCAAAUAGAUAAACGAGUAGCAUGCAGGUGAAUGAAACUUUACAAAACCAUGUUGGUGAAUGCAGUGAAAUACCCGAGAUGGAACAAAAAGCUUACAAUUCCAUUCCAUUGAACAAAAUUUUCCAAAGUGAAAUGGAAUCUCACCAUGCACAAGACGUGCCACUUAUUAAGGAAGAACCACCAAAUAGCCCAGAAGCAGUAACUCCCCCGGAAAUGAAUUUUCCAACGAAUCAUCAAUGUCAGAUCUGUGGCAAACAUUUCGCCCGGAAGAGUUUUUUUGACAAACACAUAUUGAAGCAUGAUGAAGAAGAUAAUCUUUUCAGUAGCGAACUUACUGGUACUGGUGUCAACCCGUUCAAAUGCACUGUAUGCGGGGGAGGUUUCAGCAGUGAAACAGAGCUAAAAGGGCACAUGACUACCCAUGGCAAGGACUUUUUGACGGAUUCCGAAGACUUGAAGAACCACGAACGCAUUCCUACUGACACGGAAAAAUAUCAAUAUAAUUGUGGUCAGUGUGGUAAAGGUUUUCGUUACUGUUCAGGCUUGAAGAACCACGAACUCAUUCAUGGGACCAUUCGGCCACUGGUUUGUGUCAUAUGUGACCAACGUUUCAAUUACAAACAUAAUCUAAAGGAACACAUGCGUCGUCAUACUGGCGAGCGACCAUUCAAAUGUACCAUUUGUGGUAAAGAUUUCUGCACUAACGCUCAUCUCACCAGUCACAUGUAUACGCAUAAUGGUGUUCACAAGCAUACGUGUUCUGCGUGCGACAAAGGAUUCAGUAACAAGUCACGAUUGAAUGCCCACGAACUUACUCAUACUGGAGAACGACCUUUCAAAUGUACCGUUUGCGAAAAACAAUUUUUCACCAAUCAAGCUCUUACUGGCCAUAUGUCUGUUCACACGGGUGAUUAUCGGUACAAGUGCGACGUAUGUGGCAAAGGAUACCCCACUAUCACAUUUCUAAAGACACACGAACGUACUCACACUGGUGAACGGCCGUACAAGUGCACUGUAUGCGGAAAAGAUUUUUCCGGUAAACGUGCUCUCAAUGUGCACAUGCCCACUCACGGAACCGAGUAUCAAUACAAGUGUGAUGUCUGUGGUAAAGGAUUUCAUUUUAGUUCAAACUUUAGAAACCAUGAGCGCGUUCAUAAAAGCGAACGGCCGUUCAAAUGCACCACAUGUGAUAAAGCUUACAGUUGCCGGAAAUUCCUUGUGAGGCACCUACAGACUCACACAGAAGAGCGGUUGUACAAAUGUCCUAUAUGCGAAAAAAAUCUUUCCAAUAAACGUACUCUUGCUGAACACAUAUCUGCUCACGGCACCGAGUAUCUGUAUAAGUGCGGAGUGUGUGGUAGAGGUUUUCAUUGUAAUUCAAAUAUCAGAAGACACGAACGCAUCCAUAGAGGCGAGCGACCGUACAAGUGCGACAUCUGUGGGAAGGAUUUUCGAUGCAAAAAUUAUUUCGAAGUUCACAAGCGGCUUCAUGCAGGCGAGCGACCCUUCAGAUGCACCGUAUGCGGAAAAGAUUACCCCACUAACGCUCGUCUAAACAGCCACAUGCUAAUUCAUAAGGGUGAAUACCUGCACAAAUGCGAUGUGUGUGGCAAAGGAUUCAUGAACCGAUCGCACCUGGAAGUACACGGAUACACUCAUACCGGAGAGCGGCCUUAUAAAUGCACCAUGUGUAGCAAAGGUUUCACACGCGAAUGCUACCUUGCCGCACACAUGAAGACUCAUCGCGACGAGCGAGAGUGAUUUUCGUGGCGUAGCUUUGAUGUGUGUAGCAAGUCAAAUUUAACAAAAGGGAAGAGAAGACUAAAUACAGUUUACGGCAGAAGACGCAGGACUAUGAUACAAAUACGAAUCGAAGUUGUAAUCACUGUUCCAAAAUAAGUGCUGU